UGCAGCCUGGAUGUCGGCCGGCUUGACCGUUCUGCAGCUGAAGCCUGCCGCCGACACCACGGAUUUCCAACCUUUCUUACUCUUUCAGUUGUCUCCAUAAAGCUCUCAUUGUUGUUCCUCAAACAUCCACCCGCUGAGGAUCACUGCAGCUCUCGCUGGUUUCAUCUCUUUUUCUAGAAGCGUCUCUUUCAGGGUGAGAAUCCCUCAUACUUUCUUCUCUUGAGGUUUUUCUUCGCCUCGGUGCUCCCGUCGGACCGGACCAAUGGGGAACCACGGCUCGAACCUGGACGACAUCCUGGCGGAGGACAUGCACCAUUGGUACAACAAGUUCAUGAGGGAGUCUCCGUCGGGCCUCAUCACGCUGUUUGAGCUGAAGGCCAUCCUGGGCCUGAAGGGCAUGACGGAGAACGCCAACAGCUAUGUGGACCAGGUCUUCUUCACCUUUGACAUGGAUGGGGACGGUUACAUCGACUUUGUGGAGUACAUCGCAGCCAUCAGUCUGCUGCUGAAAGGAGAAAUCAACCAGAAACUAAAGUGGUACUUCAAACUGUUCGACCAGGACGGCAACGGAAAGAUUGACAAAGAAGAGCUGGAGACCAUCUUUUCGGCCAUCCAGGACAUCACACGGAACAGAGACAUCGACCCCGAGGACAUCGUUGCGCUCAUAUUCGAGAGGAUCGACGUGAAGGGAGAAGGUGAGUUGACUCUGGAGGAGUUCAUCGAGGGAGCCAGAGACCACGAGGACAUCAUGGACAUGCUGAAGAACCUGAUGGACCUGACGCCGGUGUUAGUCAUCAUUGUGGAGGGCCGGGCGGGGUGAGAGCGCAGCGCUGGAGGUGCACCAGAACGACAAAGACUGACUGAAGCAGAAAUCCUGCAAUCCCCCACCCCGAGAAAAAGUUAAAUAAUCACCCCUCAGUCACCCCUCAAUAAGAGAAAAGACUUGCUCCCUCACCCCCUAAUGGUCGUCUUAAAGACACCUGAUGUUUCAUGGUCAGAGCAAAGCAGCCGGAAACAAAGGACGUUGAAAAUGUAAGACUUUCCGAUGGACUGUGGUUGGCCGUCCAGCCUCUGAGCGUCCCGUCUCCAGGUAUGGAACUAAUUUUUGACAAAGAUAUUUUUGAAGGAGACUUUGAUGAUUCUGUUUUACAGCAGCCACCUUCAUCCUUCAACAAAAUCCACCGUCUUUAACCUCACAAAUCAUCCGCCAUCACAAAGAUCACGUUGUGAUCAUGUUGCAGAACUUUAUCUCGAGUUGUAGUGAUGAUUCAAGUUCAACGAUGUCCAGGGCUUGGUGUCGCACCUCAACACCUUUUUGGGUACCAACUGAAUUGUGUCCACAACACCAGAUAUCAAAAAGUACCAAAAGUCGUCACCGAAUGGUUUCUGCAAUCGAUAUUUUUCUUUGAUCUGAUAGGACCUGAUUCCAAUCAAAUUUUGCCAAUUUUACACCGCACAUUUUUGAAUCGCUGCUUGCUUUUAGACAUUUAAUUUUAAGAAUUUUUUUUUUCUGUUAAUGGAACAAACUUUUGGCAGAAAAACAUGUUUAUAUUUCUCAAAGUAAUGUAUUGACACUUUGGUCCCGGCAUCCGUAAGUAUUAUCGAUUUCAAACGAAACGCUGCCUCAAAUUUUAAGCCUGAAUUUUUGGGGGUAAAUGUGUCUAAACUCAUGCACAAGACAUGUAGAAUAUUUUGGUUUGAUGGAAUAUUGCAGCCGAGUCUUGGGUUUGAAUGUUUUUCUCUUAAAGGCAAAAGUACUUCAAAUUCAAGCUUCAGGAGGUUUAAACUUUAUUCCAAUCCAGUUUUUAAUCUUUUAAUUAAGCUCUUAAACAGCAGAGGAAGCAGGUUAACAUCACCGCAGGACAAAGAAACUGGGUCAAAGAAAUUAAGAGAAUUAACGUUUAGCACAAUCAAAUCGUGAUGAUAUGAUCUGCUGUGAUCGUCAAGAUGACUGUGAGCAAAUUAGUUAUUGAAAAGUUUUGAUUUGCAAUUACUGAUUAUGUUUUAAUAAUGAAUCCAUCAAUCACUCCUUUAGUCUAUAAAACGUCUUCAGAAGUUUUCCUUCGUCCAAUCAAACAGUCCAAAACUUUCCGAUAUUCAGGACACAGUCAUGUUUUGUAUUUUUCUGCAAAAAAUUAGUUAAAAUAUUUUAAUCAUUAAUUAUUUUCUUCCAAUAUUUCUUCCAAAUCAUGGAUGAAUCUCUAUUUUACACUUAUGAAAGGUUUGGCUCUUUGCUUUGAACGGUUGUUGCUCCUCUUUACGUGUUGUGAUGAGCAUCGAUGUCUCAGAAUAUCUUUAUCAACACAGUCAAAGUGAUUUUCGACCACAGAAGCUUGUGGUAUCUCUGAGAGUAGAGCAUGCUGGGAGUCUGUCCUUCAGAGAGCUGAUCGGAAGCUCCUGAUCCUCUUAAUGCUGUUAAAAGGUUCAGUGUCCUGAGCCGUAAUGGAGCAGAUUUGCAGACAGAGUCAAGAACAGAAACCUGCAGACCGGAGGAGGAAGAUAUGAACUGAAAGCAGAAAAACUCCCUUAAAUAACAAACUCAACCUGCAGCUUCACGGACAGAAAACUCUACUGAAGACCAGUAAGUCUACUCUCUGAUUCUGGCUUCCACCCCAGAGCUGAGUUGUGUCUUCAUGGACAGAGUAAUCCACAACAACCUGCUCUAUCAGGUCCUCUGGCACCAGGCCAACCGGGCCACAUCACGCCACACCAGGACAAAUUUUAACAAACCCCACAUAAAACAGUGAACACAUCACAAUAUAUUAAACAUAUGCUUUAAAGGAGCUGGUAGGUUGUUUCCUCUGCACAGAGCCAGGCUAGCAGUUUACUGUCUUUAUGCUAAGCUAAGCUAACCAGCUGCUGCUGUAGCUUCAUAUGUAGUCUACAGACAUGAGAGAGGUAGCAUUAGCCCCUUUUACUGUUAAAAGUGGAAUGCCGCAUUGCUUUUCUGCUUUGCCGUUCUGUCGAAAAGGUGUGAUCACAACAGAAUGAUGGUAGAGAGCUGUCUCGCCUUUGAGCCUGCAGCGCAGGUAGUAAGAGCGGUGAAAUGACAGGACAGAAUGGGUGUGAUGCUAUGACGAAGUGUUGUGUUUGCGAGCCACUGUGUGGAGACAUUAGCCCCUUUCACACAGCCUGUUCAAGGCAGGAAUGUCGCGUCAUUCUUCUGCUUUGCUGUUCUGUCUAAAAGGUGCGACCCCAGAAUGGGGGGACAAAGUUGUCAAGCCUUUGGGCCAGCGGCAGAGGUCGUGACAGUGGUGCAAUGAUGUCUGUGUAAAAGGGACAGGACAGGUGUGAUGUUUUGACGUUGUGUUAUGUUUGCAAGCCAACAUCGGGAGAUUUAAAAAGCAACUAACACCAGUUAGCAGCUAACUCAACGAAGAACAGUGGCCGAAAAUGAAAGACAUUAGCCCCUUUUACACUGCCUGUUCAAGGUGGGAAUAUUGCAUGGUUUUUCUGCUUCGCCGUUCUGUCUAAAAGGUGCGACCACAGAAUGAUGGUACAGAGUUGUCUCGCCUUUGAACCUGCAGCAGAGGUACUAACAGCGGCAAAGAAACGUCUGUGUAAAAGGGACAGGACAAGAUUGGUGUAACGUUUAAAUGACGUGUAAUGUUUGUAAGCCAUCACUGGGAUAUUUACAAAGCAGCUAACAGCAGUUAGCAGCUAACUCAAAGAACAGUGGCCGAAAAUGGUGCAAACCAAGGAGACAUUAUCCUCUUUCACAAUACCUGUUCAAGGCGGGAAUGUCACGUGGUCUAAAAGGUGCAAUCAUGGAAUGGGGGGCAGGGUUGUCUCACCUCUGAACCGGUGGCGGAGGUAGAAACAGCGGUGAAAUGACGUCCGUGUAAAAGGGACAGCCGGAAGGAUGGGACUGGUUUGAUGCUUUGAUGACAUGUUAUGUUUUUGGGCCACCACCGGGAGAUUUAUAAAGCAGCUAGAUGCAGUUAGCAGCUAACUCAAAGAAUAACAGUGGCCGAAAAUGUCGUAAGACAUUAGCCCCUUUCACACUGCCUGUUCAGUAUCACCCCAUUAUAUUGCCUCGCCGUCCUGUAUAAAAGGUAUGAAGGCAGAAUGAUGGUACAGAGUUGUCUCACCUUUAAGCCAGCAGCGGAGCUAGUGACAUCACUUCUCAGAGGUACAUAUUAAACUUUUUACAGCACUAUAUUUAUCUGACAGCUUUAGUUACUUUGCAGACACAGUUUUCAGUAAUAUUAAUCCUAAAACAUCAUAUAUAACAUUAAAAAAAUGAACACUUGUACUGCUGAAACAUACUUUAACUUCAGUGAGGUUUUACUUGUAGUGGAGUGUUUUUUCACGCUGUGGUAUUAGUACUUUUUCUGCAGUAAAAAGUCUGAAUACUUCUUCUACUACUGCUUGUAUACUUACAUGUGUACCUGAAGGAUUAAGAAGCAGAUCCACUGAUGUAACUGUUUAAAAUCCAAAGGAAACUCAUUCGACCAUUUAAAUCAUAAUAAAUUAGGAACACAAACUGAUUCUGGAUCAGAUCGCACUGAAACAUUUUUCAUGUGUAAAACUGCCAUUUGGUUUUAUUUUGAAAGACUUAAUGUUUCCUCUGCUUCAGUGUAUGUUCACAUUCUUUAAGAAAGUCUGAUGACGUUUGGAUGAACAUUAUUUCAUUUUGUAAAUUCACAGUGGUAGUUAUUCAUAGUUUUGUGCGACUGGUCUCUUAUUUCUUAAGGAAAUCACUGAAUGACUGGCGUGUUUUUACUUUUAUACGAUGAGUGAAACGAGAUCAAGAUGACGGAGGAGGAUGUCUGCGGAGAGAGGACAGACAAAGAGUUGGAGGUUAAAGUCGAGGAGGCCAUUCUGUCCUUAAAACUGCUAACUGGUAGUCGUAUAGUCAGAUCCCACCUGCAGAUUAGCGACAGCGCUAACAAACAGUUCUUACUGUGCAAUAGAGAGACUUUUACAGUGAAGAUGUGUAAAACUGUAAAAACUCUACGUUCAUUGUAAUGCAUCAUGUUUUGU